UCGACCUUGUGCAAAGCAUGUUAACUGCAGCGUAAACGAUGGAGUGAACCUAGUGCGAAUCAACUUAUUUGCUUUCGAAUUUGGGGUAAGGAGUUGCCCUGAUCAGCAGUGUUUUGUUACAUUUUGCUUGCUACCUCCCAAAGCUGACUAGCUGGCUAUAGAUUACUUCGGACAUUUUUCUUUGCGUAAUGUCGUGAAAUAGCCUGUAUCGGCCAUGCUGUUUCUCAAGUGUAAUGCUGUGUGUUUGCUAAGGAGGUGCUACUAUCCUCUGGCUUCCACGCUUGUUAAAUAUCAUUAUGCCAACUUGCCUGCAUCUGGAGUCACUUCCCCUUAUCGCUCGACGCUUACUACAACUCGAUCCCUCAGUAUCACCUGGACACUGAGAGCAGAUGCCCCUCAGCCUAAGGACACACAGACAUUGGACUUGGAUAUAUGGAAGUCGGUGAUGAAAUCACAAACAGUGCAGGAGGAGAAGCCCAACGGUGAAGAGGAGAGCUCCUCUACUGAGGAGGGUGAGCUCUCGCCGUUGGAGGCAAGCCGCAGACUGGUGGAGACGUGGCGUCAAGCCGGCAGGCAAGUGCCUGAUUAUGUCACAGACGAGCAGCUGGAGUCACUGGCCGAGCUCACCACCAAGUCCUCCAAGAGGAAGUACCUCAAAUUCCUGGCCAUCAAGGAGGGCCACAAGAAGGCCAACAAAGAGAAGAAGGAGAAGAGGAGGAUGGAGAGGAAAGAGUGGAUGGGAAGGGUAGACGGUGAACCUGAGGGGGAGAAUGGAGAAGCCAAGCUGAAUAACACAUUCCUGUUGAAAUUCUGGAGCCGUUCCAAGGACAAGGUGCUGGGCUGGAGGGCAGCACAGGCCAUGCAGUACGGCCAGCCAUUGAUAUUUGACAUGAGUUAUGAGCAGCACAUGUCCCGCAUGGAGAUACAGAACACCAUCUCCCAGCUGCUGGAGACCGAAGGCUGGAACCGCCGUGCCACUGACCCCUUCCACUUGCACUUCUGCAACCUGCAGCCCGACAGCUCCUACCAGCGAGAACUUCUUAAGCGCUACGGCCCCGAGACCUGGCAGAACCUCCUCAUUACCACCACCAGCCAGAGUCACGUGGACCUCUUCCCCCGCGAGAGCCUCGUCUACCUAACCGCCGACUCGCGCAACGUGCUCUACACUUUCAACCACAGCAAGGUGUACAUCAUUGGCGCCUUGGUGGACCGCUCCAGCCAGUCCAGCGUCUCUCUAGCCAACGCCAAACGUCUCAACCUGGCCACUGCACGGCUGCCCCUGGAUGAAUUCUUGCACUGGGAAUGCGGGGCCAAGAACCUCACCCUGGAUCAGAUGAUUCGCAUCCUUCUGACGGCCAAGGACACCGGCAGCUGGGAGAAGGCACUGGAGUUUGUACCCAAGAGGAAGCAUGAUGGCUUCUACAAGCAUACAAGGGAAAACGAAGCCAAAAGCACACCUUUGGUCACUGGCGGUAAGCCCGUUAAUAGCAAUAGAAACCCAGCGAGAGAGAGGGCUAAAAUAUUUGUGAGCAAACAGAAAAACCCAAAGGGACAAGGUGUUGACUGGAAACGAUCCUUUGAAUCAGACAACACCAUGUCUGGGCAGACCAGGUUACGGUCUACACUGAAAAGCAAAAUGGAAGAACGCCAUAAGACUGAGUAAGAGAAAUUGGUAGGAGGAAUAGGACCAUAAUACACUUAUUGUUUUUACAUUGAAUAUUCACUCUCCAAAAUUACAGAAAAUAAACAUUGAAAUAACGCAGUGAUGAAAACAAAUGUGUAACUGCAUGUCCCUUCGACCUGGAUGGCGUUUUUUAAACUUCACUUCUAAGACUGGAAAGUUUAGGAAGUUUGACUGCUGUUUUCCCAAAAGCAGACUGCAUAAAGAUUUGUUCAUUUAAAGCCUGUGAUGUAAAGUUUCUUUACCCAGCAUUUAAUUAAAAAAAA